CAAAGUCAUUCCAGACUCUCCGACUAAUCGUAAUCAUAGGCUUAUUGCUGAUAUUAAGUCAUACACACUGUUAUAUCGAAUUCUUUCCAUCGAACGAGGAUCUCACUCCAGCAACAGAGAGGAGUCGAGCUUUCUGGAGAUGAUCUGAGUUGAGGUAUCGCUGUGAGGAAGUCAACAUGCCGCCCAUUCCACCACUUUUCGUUCUCCAGGUUCCGCCAGCAUCAGUUGUCUCGCCAGCUCAUAGUCAGCAAGGAAGUUUCAUCUGCACGCAAGCAGCGCCUCAAGUCUAUCUCCUUUCAUUCUCAAGCCCUCCGGACAAUCGCCUUGUCCCUGCUUUCAACCAGGCCUUUCUCCUAGCACUCGAUAUAAUCGAACAACGUCUACCUCGAGGGGUCGUGAUCACAACGUCCUCCAUCACGAAAUUCUACUCGAACGGUCUUGAUUACGAGAGUGCAAUAGGAGAUCCUGCCUUCUUCCAAAACAGCUUAUAUCCCUUAUGGAGACGACUGGUCACCUAUCCCAUGCCUACCGUUGCUCUGAUGAAUGGCCAUGCCUUUGCCGGCGGACUUAUGACCGCGAUGAUGCAUGACUAUCGCAUCAUGAACCCCCACAAGGGCUUCGUGUGUCUGAAUGAACUCGAUUUCGGCGCGGCACUCCAACCUGCAAUGGCGUCAGUGUUCCGGGUGAAGUUGAACAUGACGACAUUCCGGAACAUGGUCCUGGAAAGCAAGCGAUAUACAGCCUUGGAGGCGCUGAAAGAGGGCAUAAUCGACGGUGUAGGGAGCGUCGAUGAGACCUUGGCCUUUGUUGGAGAAAUGAAGUUGACCCAGAAGGCUCAAGGCAAGUCGUACGGGAAGAUCAAGGAAGAGCUAUACCGUGAAGUGGUCAAAGAUCUGGAUGAGGGCGGCGAGGCAGGCAAGAAACUGGCGACCCGGGAUCUUGAUCGAAACCGCAGAGAGAUGGAGGCAAGGAGAAGAGUGGAUGACUACCAAACCAUCGUCCAAAGAGCGAAGUUGUAAGAUAGAUGACCAUGGGGUCUUUACCUAUGAUCGAGUGCGCUUCGUCGGCCUGUUUGCAUUAUUGGGUGUUGAAUAAAGGUGUUUCCGUGCGCAAGCUUUAUAAUGCUGCGACUGUAUCUUGAUGUAAGUAUGUUCGACCACACCUCGUACUCGGGUU